GACUACUUGUGUACUACGGCACCGACCUGGGUGAGGUAGAGUGGAGCUUAUUUUUUCAUGACUUUUUUUUUCCCUCCUCCUUUCCUCUAAAAUGAGAAUAUGUUGGAUAAGUAUUUUUCUUGGGCCGUGAGGAAGACUUCUGAGGGUUAAAUGUAAAUCUGCUCCGUUAAGUGACCGUACCAAAAAAACCCCUCUGUUUUAAGACUUCUGUGCUGCCAAGUGAAACAGAUAGCGCCUGGUGCCGAGCGCUCCCCCCCUGCCCCCAAGUCUUCGCGCGCUCGAACAUCUCCGUUUGGCCUCAUUUCUGUGCUUCGGUGGUAUCUGCACAGCCCAAAUUAGCAGCGAGGAUUCCACGGACGGGGGCCGCUGCCUCCCUCGGCUCCCAGAUAUAUGUUGGGGAAAGGAGGAAAGCGGAAGUUUGACGAGCAUGAAGAUGGGUUGGAAGGCAAAGUGGUGUCUCCCACCGACGGUCCCUCUAAGGUGUCUUACACCUUACAGCGUCAGACUAUCUUCAACAUUUCCCUUAUGAAACUUUAUAACCACAGGCCAUUAACCGAGCCAAGCUUGCAAAAGACAGUUUUAAUUAACAACAUGUUGAGGCGAAUCCAGGAAGAGCUCAAACAAGAAGGCAGCUUGAGGCCCAUGUUUGUGACCGCUUCCCAGCCUGCCGACCCUCUCAGCGACAACUUCCGCGAGGCCCAGCCGGCGUUCAGCCACCUCGCCUCCCAGCCCCUGCUCCCCACUGACUUCGUAAGCGCUAUGCCCCUGGAGUCCUGCCUCACCCCAGCCUCUUUGCUCGAGGACGACACUUUUUGCACUUCCCCGACUGUCCAGCACGAUGGUCCAACAAAACCACCACCUCCCGCUCUCCAACCAGUAAAGGACAGCUUCUCCUCAGCCUUGGAUGAAAUCGAGGAGCUUUGUCCAGCACCUACCUCCGCAGGGGCAGUAGCAGCCGAAACAGCAGCCGAUGACUCUAAAGCCCAUCCCAGCGAGUCCAACAUCCACAAGCCCGAGGGCCUCCCGGAGAGCAGAACGGCUGAAUCCAAACUCAUGGACUCUCUACCUGGCAACUUUGAGAUCACAGCUUCCACAGGUUUCCUCACAGACUUGACCCUGGAUGACAUUCUGUUCGCUGACAUUGAUACGUCCAUGUAUGAUUUUGACCCCUGCACGUCUGCCACGGGGGCCGCCUCGAAAAUGGCUCCUGUCUCAGCAGAUGAGCUCCUAAAAACUCUCGCUCCGUACAGCAGUCAGCCAGUAACUCCAAAUCAGCCUUUCAAAAUGGAUCUCACAGAACUGGAUCACAUCAUGGAGGUGCUUGUUGGGUCUUAAAAUAUUAGAAAUAUAGCAACUUUUUUUUUUUUUUUUUUUAAAUUUUAAGUACCAGUAUAUACACUUGGUAGUAUUUCCAUAGUCCCUCCCAGCCCCAGUUCACAGCACUGUGCAUGCAUCCUUGCUUGCCUUUUUUGAAAAGAAAAGGAUCACACUAGUUUUUGCUUCGAGCAGAGUUGGAGUGCCUUCAUCCAUGUAUGACCACUUCUAAUGUAUUUUUUUUAAAGUGGUUCCUCAAGGAAGACCGAAUAUCCUGGUAUAGGAAAGAAUAUGUAUUGUAGACAAUGUUAUGUUAUUACAAAAAAAAGAAAAAAAAAAAAAAGGAAAAAAAAAAAGGUGAAAGCUAAGCACAAGGAUUAUGUUGGGGAAAGCUGUAAAUUGCAUGUGCAUACUUGUCUAUUUUUUCUAUAAGUUUUAUUGCAAGAGGUAAAAAAUUUUAUUAUUUAGAUAAUCUCAAUACCAUUUUAGCCCUGUAUAGGUUGACUUUAGCAAUUCAGCCUUUUGGAGGCAUUAACCUGCUCCUCUUUAAGUGUUGCAUUUACAUGGCUGUUUAGAAACUGCUGCCCAAAUUUAUUUUAUAUUUUUGUACAGAUUCUGCAGUUUAUGAUAUUGUUUUUUCUAAAAACAAAUGCUGUUUAUACACACAAAAAAUAGCUAUUUUGAUAGGAUUUGCUCACAUAGUUCCUGCAUAAUUCAGAUGUACAAGAACCACUUGUACUUUUAUACAGAGUUGUAAUGUUUUAUAUGUGUAUGGUGCAAAGAGAAAAUUGGAUCAAAUAAGCCUGCAGUCGGUUUCCCUGAAUGCAAACAAACAAACAAACAAACAAAAAAAGUGCUUUAAGAAAGGGCUGGGAGCUGCUUCUGUCGGAGUUUCACAAGUGUUUGCUCCCUGCUGUACCCACUGCGCACUACUGUGAUUCCUGAAACUUAGAGCCAUGUCCUUUUCCAACACGUAUGUGAAGCAGUUGGCAGGAAACAGUUGUGGAACUUCCCCCAAAGAGGUCCCCGAGCGCUCUGCUGUGGCCGCAGCUCCCGCCCCGGCACCACACCGGGCUGUCCCCAGGCCCGCCCACGUCCCCGUGCCAGGGCAUCCAUCCCGCCGGACACGGAGCCUCGGCAUGGGCGGCACAUCAGCACUUCCUCACCCGAAGCUCCUGGGAACGGUUUUGGCAGGGAGCAACGUGCCCAUCGCCCACCGAGAGCCAACCUCUCCCGGAAAUCCUCCUGACUGACUGAUGGGCGCGGGCGGGAGAGUGGGGCUGGGAGCGCCCGCCCGCCCUUUCUUGGAGCAUUUCUCCUCCCCUCUCCCACCUCACUGUGCUAAGUGCUGAAAAAAAAGGCAACUUCAGUAUUACUGCAGUGAAGCUCAUCUCGUACCUGCACUGGAUGGACUUGCUUUAAUAUCCAUUGCUGUUGAAACUGGAGCCAGUCGUGUGACAUCACUUGGCAUCUCGUAUAGAGUUGGGUUCUUGUAUCAACUGUGUUACCUGCUUUACACUUUAUAGACCCGUUUUACAACGAAUAUACAGACACAGCUUUCUAUGCAUGGUCCCCCCCCUUCCCCCGUAACACCUGAGAAGUCUUCUCCUUACUGCACCAAUAGCUUUUUUUUUUUUUUUUUUUGAAGUUCUUUGUGGUGUACAUUUAAUUUAAAAAGAAAAAAAAUGUUUGCGAUGUAUCAUGCCUAUUGCUGAAGUUGCUAUGGCAUUUUAGUUUUCCAAUGGUACUUUAGUUGUUGAGUGCCGGUUACAACCUGUAUUGUUGACAUGCCUACGGCUUCUUUAGGAAUAACUUUUAUAUUUAUUUAAGAAAUUUUAAAUUAUGUUUUACGUCAUUUGGCAAUAUUCAGUCAGUUCUGCUCCCUUCUUGUCAUGGAAGAAAUUGGGUCUUGCCUGCCUUUUGAGGAGGCGGCUUUUUUAAUAAAUUGGCACUUUAAAACAGGCCAUAUAUAUUUAUUAGUGUAUAGGUAGAUGUAACGUAGAUAUGCACACAGACACAGGAUAAAAGCAAAUACGUUUUUGCAAUGAAGGAACUCCUAAUGGAAAUGAAAUGCAUCGUGUACAGCUGCAAAACACGCUUCUGGCUCCCAGGGUGAGACGUGGGGCUGGGGGAGGAGGGAGGGGGAGGCACUGGAUGAGGGGUUGGGUUUGCUUUCUUUUUUCCCAAGGUGAACUCAGUGGAGCACUGGGAUGCCAAUGGAUUUGCAGUAAUAUUUCCUUACACAGCCUAAAAAGAAAGUAAGUGAUUGCUUCGAACAGGAAACCAUUGACCAAGUGUAGCUUUAGGGACCAUGGGAAGGGAGGGGUGGGGAAGGAGGAGGGACAGUUUUGGCUCACACCGGGCCCUUGCUCAGCCACAGUCCUUGGCCCCUGUGGGAGAACCAACAGCCCUGCCUGAUUCUGCCUCUCUGGUACCUGGGAACACCUUAGCCAGGGGUGUCAUCUGCACAGACCUGUAACACCACCAGUUUCACAUGGCAGGCAUUUGCCUUGCCAUGGUUGAAAACUGAUUUGCAGUUUUGCUGGAGCUGCCAUUUUUUUUUUUGGGGGGGUGGGGGUGGUGUUACACAUUUACACAGUAACAUAUUUACACAAACACCACAAAGGCAAAAGCUCCCAUCAAUGCCGUUUUUGGAGACCUGUGUUAAGUGGGGUUUAGUUGAAGGCUUUGUAUCCACAAAGCUCUAAAUCCACUUCACCCCUUGGAUGAUGUCUGUGGCUCGUUGGUGCUGAAGCACAUGUCCUGUGGCAGAACCCUUACAGAAAUCCCAUAGGACAGAAACAUACUUGAGACUUACAGGACUCAGCAAAAGGUUGGGAAAGCUGGUGCAGGCCAGGGCUGGAAGGGCUUGGCUGUGGCUUUCUCCCUGCAGUCACUGACUGUCUCUAGCUUGGCCUUUGCCGUGGUCCUGUCAGCAGCCAUGCAUGGAAUUUCUCUGAGACCUACACCAGGGAUGGAGAUAAGACAUUAACGUGCAAUGAAGUGACAAGAUGGGAGCAGAAUGAAAGAGCUUUGGAUUUGAAGUGAUUUUUUUUUUCAUAAAUUAUUUAUUCUUUUUUUUUUCUUCUGUAAAUAUAUUUAUUUUAUUGUGAAGCUAACAACAUCUGGAUUGUAACAUGUACAGAAUGUAUGGUAGGAAUGUAUCCUCUUGUAGGAAUGUAAAUCUGUAUGAAAAAGGGUAUGGGAGCCAGAUUCAGAAAGAAUGAACUGAGUUCCAGUCAGGAUAUGCAUGGAUCACAGGAUUAUUUUUUCCCUACACACUUUUUCUAAUAUGGGUCUGGUUUUUUGAAAUAUGCAAAAAAGGUAUGGAGGAGGGACAGUUUUAAGUUCAAAAUUAGCCCUAAUCAGGCUCCUACCCCCAUCAGCUUCCUGAGAGGGGCCUCCCUUGGCACGCUACAGGAGCAAAUGCAAUCACCUCCAUCAUGCUGGCCAAGAAAAGGUUGAAAAAGGUGAUUUUUUUUUUUUGUAUUUUUUUAAAUUUUAAACACCCUUGGAAGGCCCAGCGGAAAUCCCUGGGGCUGGACAACUGGAGAAGGCAGCAGGACGGUACCUCCAGCCCCAGAAGUUGCGCCAGAGCUGACACCACCUCGUUGCCAGGAGGCAGGGCCAGGCAGAGGGUUUGCCUGCCCAAAUCCAACCCACUCACGGUGCUCUGUGCAUCCAACCUGCCAGUCCUUGGGCACCACAGGUCCCUCUGGAGUCCAGCAGGAUCCCACAGCCCUGCAGGCAAAGGAAGGGGAACAUCCCUCUUGAAGGAGCAGCUUUAAGUGGCAUCGAUCUGGCACCUUCCUUGCAGUCAACUGGAACAGCAUGACAGGAGAGCCACUCUCUGGAGCAAUCACUGUCAGCAGAAAUUCAGACCUUCUGAAAGGUAAUUUGGUUUUUUCCUCAAUGCUGCGUGGUUAUUUAAAACUGGUAUUUUGAAUCCAAAGUUUACACUUCAUUACCAUUAAAUUGAGUAAAUCGCAAUGGGUCCUCUCUGACAAACGGUUUAAUUCACUCUGGCAUGUUGUGAACUUUUUGUUCUUGUUACAGGGUUUCUUUUGGUUUGGUUUUGUUCUUUCCCCUCCCCAACCCCCAUCAGAUUUCAGUAUCCUGCUUCUGUGCAAGUUGCUUUUGAUAUUCUAUAAAUUAAUGAGACUGAACAUUUUAAAAUAAAUUAGUUCUUCUUAAGCACUUUUUCUUUUUUCUGAAAAUAAGCCUAAUGCAAGUUCUGGAACCUCUUUAAAAACACAAAUUGCAGAUAAAAUCCCAACCUCAACUCCUGUCUAGUUCUGAGCAUAUUCCAUACUAGUGCCUGUAAAGGCCAAGAUUCUGGAAAAGGUGUAAAUAGUGUGACAUGUUCAGUGCAUGGUUGUUUGAACAGGGCUUGUUAUUGUAAAAACAAAAUUAAAAAAAAAAAGGAAAAAAAAAAAGAAAAAAAGGCUGUAUUUCCCCUUCCCCUCCCACAGACCUUAGAGCUGUGCCUUUUCUAUGCAAUAUUACAGACAUCUGAAACCAGAUUACUGUAUUCACAUGUAGGUAUGGGCUGUAAUCAAAAAAAACAAUUGGACAAAUGUACAUGGAAAUGAGCAGUCUUACUUUUGUAGUUUUAUAUUAUACAAUAAACAAUUAAAAUAAA